AAUAGUUUGAAUAUACUGUAGUUUCUUCUUUAAAAGAUGGUCUAUCUAAGACUAAUCUUCACCAAGUCUUGUGUCUAUGGAGAUUCACUCCUCCUGCAUCUUUGUGAUUCAAUCCAAUAGAGUAGUAGUCUAGCAGUAUAAGCUCAAGGGUUCAAUAGCUUGAAUCUGCAAGGUCCAAUUUCAUCAAGAUGGCUAGCAACAUGAUUCAGAGAUGCAAUUUUGUUGUAUCUGAAAGGGUGAAGCUGCAUGCAGCCAUGCUUGCUCUGCAAUUUGGGUAUGCAGGGUUUCAUAUUGUUUCAAGAGCAGCUCUAAAUAUGGGAGUAAGCAAGGUGGUGUUUCCAGUUUACAGGAACAUCAUUGCCUUGAUGCUUCUUGGACCUUUUGCUUUCUUCCUGGAGAAGAGCCAACGUCCACCUCUAACAUGCUCUCUCUUGAUUCAGUUUUUCCUCCUUGCAUUAUGUGGAAUAACUGCCAAUCAAGGAUUUUACCUCUUGGGCCUCUACUACACAUCUCCAACGUUUGCAUCAGCCAUACAAAAUUCUGUACCUGCAAUUACAUUUAUCAUGGCAGCAUCUCUGAGGCUGGAAGAAGUCCACAUUAAGAGAAGAGAUGGCUUGGCAAAAAUUGCAGGGACUGUAUUAUGUGUGGGUGGUGCAACCAUCAUCACACUUUACAAAGGUCCUCCCAUAUCUGGGCUGUUUCAGCAAGGUUUUACCAUUGGUAAUCAUUUUCAAGCAUUCCAAGAUCCUGGUCUGUCCUCAAAAUCUGAGAACUGGACUCUUGGAUGCAUUUACCUCCUUGGAAACUGUUUGGCCUGGUCAGGUUGGAUUGUUAUACAGGCACCAGUUCUCAAAAAAUACCCAGCACGUCUGUCAGUCACAUCUUUCACUUGCUUUUUUGGAGUCAUUCAGUUUUUGAUCAUUGCAGCCUUUUUAGAGACAGAUCUGGAGCGCUGGAAGAUACAUUCUGGAGGAGAAUUAUUUACCAUUUUAUAUGCUGGAUUUGUUGCUUCUGGUAUAGCCUUCUCUGUUCAGAUAUGGUGCAUAGACAGAGGAGGGCCUGUGUUUGUUGCAGUCUAUCAACCUGUACAGACUAUUGCUGUUGCCAUCAUGGCCUCUAUCAUCCUUGGAGAAAAUUUCUACCUGGGAGGGAUAUUUGGAGCAAUUCUUAUCAUACUUGGCCUCUACCUUGUACUAUGGGGGAAAAAUGAAGAGAAAAGAAUGAAACUUGUGGAUAAAUCCUCCACAGACAUCCAUCAAAAUCAAUCAGUCCAUGAUGAAACAGCAAUUUUAACCAUAGGAAGUAGCAUCAAAACUGCUUCAUCUACCCUAACCCAACCUCUUCUUGACACAAGUUACAAUUCAGUUGAUAUUACUGAUCCUUCUUUAAAGGAGCCCUGAACACCAUGAGAUCACAGGCAUACCCGACUUGCCAUCACAAGCACUGAUCAAAUUACAGUAGCAUGUAUACAGCUAUUAUAGAUCUCCGUUAUGACUGUCAAAGUCAGGCACUAAUUUGUGCUCAAUACUUGAUGUCAACCUGUUUUCCUGUGUGCUAGUUAUAAUAAUAAGCUUGAUGUUGAAGUGCUCUCCAAUUGGGUUUCUCACCAAUGUAAACUCCAUGGGGAAGGAAGCUUCUUGUUGCCUUCUGAGCAAUCUUAUCAGAUAUAGUGUGUUUUUAUGUAUAGUAUAUAAGCACACAGGCUUAUUGUUGUUACAAAAAGCAGAUUAACCUGGCUUUAUAGCAACAAAGCGUUGAAGUGGUUAUGUAUUUGAGUGCUAAUUUCUUAUAUGAAUUUUCUCUUCCAUUA